AUGAAGGCUCGUUUCCGGUCCCUGGAGCGGGUAAUGGAGGCACGUGUGCAGUCUCUGCAUGAGCUUCUCGAGGCCUGCCUGCUCCCUGUGGCCUCGGCUGCCUCUAGUCUGAGGAGACAAGCGGAUGCCCCAGAAUGGCUGCUGCCUACUCCGGAGCCAUCCACUGCUACUCCCAUGCCAGGUGGCCGUUAA